AAAAAUUUAAAUAUUUUUAUCUCCUCGAACCUUGGAACUUGUACGAAUUUUUUUUAUUUCCCCCUUCAAAAAUUUUGGAAAUUUUCGAGGGAAAGGGGGGUGAUGACAAAAGAAAAAAAAGUAACAUUUGUUCCGGCCCUAAAAUGGAAAAAAAAUGUGAUUCAAAUAUUUUUCGCCGCUUAUUAGCAUCUCAUAUUGAGCUAUUUAGCAUAAAUUACGGGUGUCUCAGGCAGAGUGAUGACACAAAAAAUGAGGAUCUUUAUGAAAAAAAAAACGUAACGGAUGGAUCAGGAGGAAGAUUUAAAAGCUCGAUUUUGUGUAACGUAAUGAAUGGAAAAUAUUUUCGAAACCCAAAACUAUAUCUUUCCGGUGAUGCGGAACCUACUGAAAUUGAACGCCAGAAUUUUUAAAUGCUAUUGUAUCUCGAUUUGUAUACCUUUUGGCCUUAGGGUAUUUUCUAAUGUUAAGCUUAAUUUUAGUUGAGCCGUUUCUGUCAAAAUCAAUCAGUGUUGAUAGUGUUGUUUACGGUGAACAUGGAUUCCUCCGACGAAGAGUUUUUCGCUUCUUCGAACACAGUAGAUUUCAUUACGAAUAAACAGCGAGAAUAUUCGGUUCAUCCAAUUAAUCAAAACAGAAGAGAAGAUGGCGAAUUUUAUCGGCUUUAUUCGGACUUGCGAGAGUUUCCGGAAAAAUUUCGUUCAUACACGCGAAUGGAUAUGGAAACUUUUGAUUUCAUCCUGGAUAUGAUCAAAGCCAAGCUGUUGAAAGAUUGGACAAACUUCAACAAGCAACCAAUCUUUCCUUGUGAGAGAUUGAUUGUUACCCUGAGACAUCUUGCAACCGGAUCGUCGUACACGACGCAUGGAUUUUCGUUCCGCAUGGGCCGGGCAACAGUCGCUGCCAUCGUGCGUGAAACUUGUCAGGUGCUUUGGGAAGUGCUCCAGCCAAUUUACAUGCCACCACCUACAGAGCAAAUGUUUCGUACGGUAGCUGAGGGAUUCUGGACAAGAUGGAACUUUCCAAAUUGUGUCGGCGCCAUCGAUGGAAAGCACAUCAGAAUCCAAUGCCCUGCUGGAGCCGGGUCACUGUACUAUAAUUAUAAGCAGUAUCAUUCGAUUGUCUUGCAAGCUGUGGCAGACUCCAACUGCAAAUUUUUGAUGGUGGAAGUUGGAGGUUAUGGUAAACAGAGUGAUGGAGGGACGUUCAAUGCUUCGGAUAUGUUCCGGAUGAUGAAUGAGGGAACACUAAACGUACCUCCAGUUACUGCAUUACCUGAUCCGGAUCUUCCAACAAAAAUGCCGCACGUGUUUGUGGGGGAUGAGGUAUAUCCUUUGUUACGGAAUCUCCUACGACCAUAUCCAAGGUCAAGUUUGUGUCCGGAAUGCGAGUACUUCAACCAACGAUUUUCCAGGGCGAGAAACUGCGUAGAAUGCGGUUUCGGUAUAAUGAGCAACAAAUGGAGACUCUUAUUGAAAUCGAUUGAAACUACACCGGAAUCUGCAGACGAUAUCGUGAAGGCAAUUUGUAUCCUGCACAAUGUCAUCAUUGACGACAAUAUAUUGUUUUGCACAUGUUUCGGCUACAUUUUUCAAUAA